GUAAACUGCAGAGAAGCCGCAGAGGCCUUCCAGUUAUUCACUUUUUCUCCGAGAAACUUAGGGAAGAGAACUACAUUUGAAAGGUGCAGCUAGCAACAGCUUAAUUAAAUAUAUUUCUAAUUUUUUACCUUUCUUCACACGUCAAACAUCGAAAGAUUGCAAAAGGUUGCAGAAAAGAUAUUCAGUGUUCGAGAAAUUUCAGGAAAUUACGUCCCUGAAAAAGCGAAGACUAAAAAAGAUUUUAUCAGUCAAGAACCAGUAUUUUUCAGCUCUCUUCAGAAAACUUGAAGUAAACAAAAGGCACUGUUUUGAACAAGAAAGAAGGCAAAGAAGGACGACAAGCUGUGGCUAAAUCAAUACAAAGUUAAGUUCGGCAACCUACUUUACAAUCAACCCAAAGAACAAAAGAUUUCAAGGUCGUGAAAUGGCUGUCAACAACUCAUCUACACCGCGAUGUGAUAAUGGAGAAUGCCAAAUGAACGACCUCAUAGAGUAUUCUAUGAUAGAAAGAACAGCCAUAGUUGCCUCGCACAUGCUGAUAUUUCUACUCGCCAUUCCAGCCAAUGGAGUCGUUAUAACUGUCAUAUCACGUGUGCAGAACGUGCAAACACCUACGAGUACAUUUCUUAUGAACUUGUGUAUUGCGGAUAUUUUAAUAGCUUCCUUGUAUAUUCCGUUUGUGACAGUCGAUUUGUACGUGGCUGGAAGCUGGAUUUUUGGAGAUUUCAUGUGCAAGUUGGUCUCCUUCUUAUAUUACUUCGCAACGAAUUUUUCCAUCCUCAUCUUAACAGUCAUCUCUGUUGAGAGAUAUGUUUCCGUCUGUCGGCCAAGACAAAUGCGUUUGACGGCAAAGAAAGCAUUUGUAACGACAGUUAUUUUAUGGUUUGUCGCAGGGUUUACUGCUCUGCCGUUGUUUAUUGUCAGAAAGUCUAUUUUCAAUCCGAUAGUCAAUGUUCACUUUUGCGUGGAGACAUGGUCAUUUAAAUAUUCUAAAGCAUACAAAACUAUCACGUUGGCCAUGUUUUAUAUCAUGCCUCUUGUUUUCAUGGCCGUGGUUUAUUACAAAAUAGGGAAAAAAGUCUGGGCAAGUGCCGAUAAAACAAAAAGCAUGAAACUCUCAACCAGGCAUGCUUCGAACUCCAAGCUACGCCUGACGAAAAUCGCACUGGGAAUUAUUUUAAGCUUUGCAGUGUCUUGGACUCCUUUUAACACAAUGACCUUACUCUUCUUCUUUGACAGGAAAAAUUAUCCGUAUUCCCAAGAGGCAAUGCGUGUAGCUAAUCCAAUUAUAUUCUUUGUUGCCUUUUCCAAUUGCUCGUUGAACCCGUUGCUUUAUUGCUACAUGAGUCAAAACUUCAGAAAGGCUUUUCACAUAUUUUGGAAGCGAAAAUCACGCCGUGACCUUUGAGAGUCCAUUUCUGUCUUCUCUAGGACAAGCACAAGGCGAUUUAGCAGAAGGGGCAAAAGGAGGGCGGAGCAGAGCGUUAAAGAGCCGAACGAUGCAGUUUACGCGCACGAAACUCUCCGAACAAAAUCGGACAAUCACGACUACUUCCCGACAAGUCAGCAACCGGAAAUGCAUAACACAGUGGAAAGCAUUUUAAUAACAUCGGCAGUGUAGCCUCCACUGAACAAGGUUUCUCAUACUGCAGUCCAAAAAAAGAAUGAAGUCGCUGUUUCAUUCAAAUGCAAACAACUCGGAAAAAAGCUGAUUAUGCGAUGUAUUUUCUUUUUUUUUGGAUCGGUUUUGUUUCGUUAUGUCCUCUGUAUUUGUCUCGUUUUAAAGGUUUGCUUGUUUGUUUAUUUUCUGGAUUUUGUAUGCAUGGCUUGCACGAAUUCCAAGUAUAAAAGCAAGUCAAUGGCAUAGA